AGGCGCUUGAGCUCCUAGGUGUCCAUAUUGGAAGAGGUCACAGGAAGCAGAACAGGAGGUAGGCCGCAAAAAUGUCCACCGCUAUGAACUUCGGGACGAAAACCUUUAAACCUCGGCCUCCGGAGAAAGGCUCCUUUCCACUGGAUCACUUUGGAGAGUGUAAGCCAUUUAAAGAAAUCUUCAUGAAAUGUUUGCGGGAAAACUCUUUCCAGAGCGCUCUGUGCCGGGAGGAAUCCAAGGAAUAUCUGGAGUGUCGAAUGGAAAGACAACUGAUGGCAAAGGAGCCCCUGGAAAAGCUCGGCUUUAAGGAUCUUACGGAAGAAAAGGCGACAGAGGAGCAGAACAAGAUAUAACGCAGAGAAAACCUAUAUGGACUAUUUAUUCUUGUCGUAGACACUUGGAAUUUUCUCUGGAUGCUCCGAGGACAUUUUGCCAAGGCUCUGGUUUAUAUGCUGUAUAUAUUCUUAAGAUUUAUACCUCAGAGGAGGACUGUGGGGGGAAAACGGCAAUGUCUUUGUUACGCCCUAAGUAAUAAAUACGUUGUUCAUA